UCUCUCUCUCUCUUCUCUCACUCACUGCUCCCAUCUCAUCGCUCGCGCUCACCUGACUCUCUCCCCUCUCUCCCCUCUCCCCCCUCUCCCCUCCCCCGUCAUGACACGCCGUCUAUCGCGGCGCCAGUUCUGCUACGUCUUCGUGGUCGUACUAGUCCUCUUCCUCACCUUUGAGACACUAGCCACACCGCGUACACUCGACGUCCGCUUCCUCCGCCUCCGAGAGACACAGUGGACGGGGUAUGCUGGCCCAGCGCGGCUCACCACUGUACUAGCUCAUCAGCCAGGCUUUACAGUGUUUGAGAACUUGUACUGGCAGAACGACACAUUCUACGUCGUCACAGACCAGCCAUGGACCGUCCCAAAUGUCGAUCACAUCGCGAUCAAGCCCACAGACAAGCAUGACGGCGUCCCCACCGCCGAUAAGGCGAUCAAGAUCCUCGCCAUCCGCGAGCCAGGCAUCAACGGCUUUGUGCGCGAAGACAGGCAACUCGGGACUAGCAUCCUCCUCGAGGACGCCGUCGAGCUCACCUCGUCCGCUGAGGACUUGCCCUCACCCCUUCUCAUGAACUACGACGACAUGUUCGUUUCACACUACUACCACUGGAUCGGUGAGACGUUCCUCGGCGCAUGGCGCAUCUGGAGCCACUACCGAUAUCGCGCCGGCGCCGUUCUCGACGACUUCAAGGUCGUCUCCUUCCGUCACAUGUACGAUCUGGACGACACACCCGCGCACCUCAACUACGACUCCCAGUGGGAGGACCAUGCCGGCGCGAACCGCUUUUUCAUGGAGAAGUGGUUCCCCGGCAUCGCGAUCGAGUCGCGUGCAAUCUGGGACGCGCGCGCCGCCUCCAACACGCUGUACCGCAUGCCCAUCGUCGUCAUCGCCAACCGCUGGGCGGGGCACCGCGGCCCCUCCGCCGCCUGGAAGCCCUGGGGCGAUGUCCUCCGCAUGCCCGUGCACCCGGGCUACCUUCUGAACCUGCGCCAGCGCGUGCUACGCAACUACCGGGGAAGCGUGAAACUGCGCCCCUCGCGCCGCCCACGCGUAAAGUACCUCACGCGGCAGGAGACGAACCGGCGCCUCACGGAUGCGGCGCACGACGCGCUCGUCGCCGAGCUCAUCCGCCUCGACGACGAGGGUCUCGUCGAGUUCAGCCUGCUGCACUUUGUCGACGGCGACUCGUUCGAAGACCAGGUCGCGCACAUGGCCAGCACCGACUUCCUGAUCGGCGUGCACGGAAACGGGCUCACGCACAGCCUGUGGAUGACGCCUGGGCCAUGCAAGGGUGUGUUUGAGCUGCAGCCCAAGCCGUGUUCGCUGAACGACUUCAGUCCGCUUGCGAUCGCGGCGGGCGUCCAGCACUACCUUGUCACAGAGGACACGAUGUGCACGCCCCUCGAGUGCCCCGACCGAGGAUGCGGCGGACAUCCGAGUGGGCCUAAUCGCGACAACAUUGUUGUGGACCCACUCAUCAUCACGCACCAGAUUCGACGUAUCAUCGAACGCCAUUGGCGUAACGGCGUAGAGGUCGAGUAGACGGGAGUAGAGAGGGAGUAGAGGCGAG